UGUAAACAGGAAGUGGGCAUGUAUUAGUUUUGUUCCCUGCAGCAAGUUCUACUAAAGACUUUAUUUUGAGCGAAAAUGGACAAAUUAAAGAAAGUUCUCAGUGGAAAUGAUGAAGACGAAGAGGAGGGUAUUGUAACACAGAUCAGUAACAGUUCAACUCUAAGCUGGUCUACAAGGAUCAAAGGUUUCAUUGUGUGUUUUGUACUGGGAGUAAGCUUAUCAAUUCUGGGAAGCUGUUUGUUAUUCCUUAAAGAUGGCCUGAUAAUAUUUGCAGUAUUAUACACCUUUGGAAAUAUAUUGUCAUUAGCAAGCACAUGUUUCCUUAUGGGACCAGUAAAUCAAUUCAAAAAGAUGUUUGCUAAGACCAGAAUAAUAGCAACAUUGCUUGUAAUUGUAAUGUUUAUUUUGACAUUGGUGUGUGCCUUUGCAUUGAAAAAUACAGCAUUGACCAUCGUAUGCUGUGUGUUACAGUUUCUUGCUUUAACUUGGUAUUCAUUAUCCUACAUACCAUUUGCCAGAGAUGCAGUAAAGAAGUGUUUUGGUGCAUGUUUGGAGUAAAGGUUGAAUGUCCACCAGCUAGGACAAGUAGAUGGAGAGUGCUACAGUUACCAAGUCAUCAACCAUCAGAAUGUUAACUAUUUAUUCAGUAUGUGAAUGUGUAUGCAAGUAAAAAACAAAUCUAUGAUAGCUUUUCUUCUGUAUUGAGAUUUACCUUUUGAUACAAGAACAACUUAGUGUGCUAUUGGUUAUAGUGUAUCUCAACAGCUACCAGAUAUAUCUCUUGAAUGAGUGGAUUCUUAGAGAUGAUUAGGAAAGUCUGUAGUUUAUAUUUUUAUCUUAUUGUUGAUACAAUCGUCUGAUAGUAUAUUUGUUUUUAUAAUCUUUGUUUCACAGAAAUGUACAAUAUACAUUUAAGUGUAAACUCAUGAUCAGGAAAUCAAAACAAGUUUCCUGUAAACUUGAUUUCUUGGUGGUAUUUUGAUGAAAACUAAAAAGAUAGUUUGUUAAUUAUCAGAAAUAUAUAUUUUUGUUGUCCCUGUUUGUCUCUUGGCGAAUUUAAUGCUUCACACGUAUACAGUUGGUAAAAUAAGUAUUUUUAUGAUUUCACCUCUUGAAAAAAGGUUUUCUAUUUUGUUAGAAAAAACCUUUCAGAAUAUAUUGUAUCUGUUGUCCACUGUGUAUAUGCGAUGUAUCUUAUCCAAUGUUAAGCUUGUUACAUAAAACACUGGUAUAGCAUUGUUGGUGCUGGAUAAUGUUAAAUGGUGUGCCUAUAUGUAUAGCUAUAUGUAUCUAAAAAGCCUUCUAUAUAUUUUGUUUUAAAAGAAAUAACAUAUGUGACUUAUAACCAUGUCCGAUCUGUAUAAUAGUAAUGAGUGUGUGAGAAUUUCAUGGUCUAAAUUGUUAGGUUUUUUGUCAAUUACUAAUGGUUGUUUGGGUUUUAUUUCUUUUUCUCCUUAAAAGAGAGAAUCUUCUAAUAAAUGAACCUACAACAAGAAAUUGAUAAAAUUGAUAGCAUGUAUAGAUGUAUUUAUUUUAAAUUAAAAUUAUCAUAACGCAGAAGUCAUAAUGAUGAAAGUAUGAUAGACUGUUGUAUUUUCCUUUAAUUUUGGAGAGAUAUUUAGACGAUAAAGUAUAUUUUUUUCAACUUGCUCUCAGCAUAAAUUACAGCUUGGGACUAUUCCAGUUAAUUAAAUACCCAACAGGAAAAUUUGAGAAAUAUUAGAAAAUCUAUGCAUGGAUGCUAGAGUAUAGUAAUGCACUGUAGGGUAGUGUUUGAAUUUAAACACUUCUAGCGGUGGUUCUUGUUCAACAAACCUGGAUUCCUCCCGUUUGGUAGAUAAUUUACUGGAAUAGGCCUUAAAAACUUAUCAGUCAGAAUACAUGUUAUUUGUGAGAUUGAAUUCAUCAUAAACUUUAUAUAAGUUGAUGUUAGCAGCCGUCACUAUGUACGCAGUUUGGGACCAACAUCAGUUUCAGUGUUGUUAUUGAUAUGUAUUGAUCAAAGGAACCAACAAGAUGAAAUGUUACAAUUCAUUAAAAACGAUCUGGUCAGAACAAUAUACCAUGUACUGGAUGUAUUUACUCUCCAUCUGACAAGUGAAUCAGCAAGUCAUUUAUAAUGAAUAUUUCUUCAGUUUCACACACUUAUCCAAAUCUCCGCCUAAUUCUUCCUCUCUCUCUGCAUACUAAACAAUGACAGUCCCAAAGUACAAGUCACCUAACCUAAAAUGUAUGCCAAAUUAAUUUUACAACUAACUGAACUUGUUCAUACUUUUGUCAUUGUUUUUGUUGUAAAAUUUUGAUUUAUUUUACCUGAUGAGUAAACAUUCAGAUAAGUACAGUGUAUGGUCAAUCAGUCAUUCUGUCAAACCAGUCAGUGUCAAUAUAUCUAACAUAUUCUCAGUUGAGAAAUUUUGAACGUUUUAUUUUUAUUUUUUUCAAAUUACUGCAGUUAAUAAUAUACUGUUUAAUAACAGUGAACAUUUUAUUUUAUUUUUUUUUCAAAUUACUGCAGUUAAUAAUAUACUGUUUAAUAACAGUGAACAUUUUAUUUUAUUUUUUUUUCAAAUUACUGCAGUUAAUAAUAUACUGUUUAAUAACAGUGAACAUUUUAUUUUAUUUUUUUUUCAAAUUACUGCAGUUAAUAAUAUACUGUUUAAUAACUGAACAUUUUAUUUUAUUUUUUUUUCAAAUUACUGCAGUUAAUAAUAUACUGUUUAAUAACAGUGAACAUUUUAUUUUAUUUUUUUUUCAAAUUACUGCAGUUAAUAAUAUACUGUUUAAUAACAGUGAACAUUUUAUUUUAUUUUUUUUUCAAAUAACUGCAAUUAAUGUUAUACUGUUUACCGGUAAUAACAGUUGUCCAUAAUCUGAUUUUAACUGAUUGAUAUAGCUACAGUAAUACAAUGUUAAACAGUAUAAUAAUUUCUAAUUGUCAAAAUCUAAAUUUAGUGCAAAGGAUGAAAAUCGCUAAAAUAAAAUCACCACAAAAUAUGUAUAUUCACGGUAUUCGUGUCUCAUCGCGUUUGGAGCUAUCAGUUAAUAUUUUUCUGUGAAAUUGUUUCAUUGUUAUUAUCAUUAUUAAACCUUAAUUACCAAUGUUUUUGUAGUUUAUGAUAUUUCUUUAUCUGUUCAAAUACUUGAAGUACAUCCAAUAUAAAUACUUGUAUUUUGUUUGUAUGCUCUUACUAGUAAAAUGUUAGUAAAUGGAAAUAGUCUUCAUCUCACUAUUUCAUCACGGGAAAUUGUUAAAAUUAACCUUUAAUAUAUAAGAUCAAUUUUUUUGUUUUGUUUGAUUUAUUCAUUAACAAGUUUCUAUUAACAGAUAUUAAUUCAGGGAUAUAUUUUUGUUUAAAGAUUGUCUACAUGUUUACGAAUCAACUUCCAAUUCCUAAUGUCAGCAAAAUUUGACAUUGACAUUAUACAUCACUGAUCUUCUUUGGUGGGAUAUUAUAUAUUUACCAGGGGUAUAUAUGUGUAUACACCGGGAGUAUAUAUAUAUUUGUUUCUAAGGUUUAAGUGCCUUAUUGGAGCAAUGUUAAAAUAUCCAUCAUAUGCUUUAAACCGUUACACCUCUUGCCAUAAAUUUUUUUGUAUCUAUUUUUCUAAACUGAAUAUAUUUCAAAUUCUUCUAAAUAUUAAAUUCGGUUUGAUUUAUAGUAUAUGGGAGGUAAUCACCAUUGAAAACAAAGGGUUCUGUCUUUUCUUCACACAAUUACCUGGUAUACAUCCUUAGUCCUAAAUGUCAAACUCACAGAAUUAUUUGUACAGCCAGCCAUUUGGUUAGUUACCAAAGCUGACCAAGAAAAUAGUAUUGUGUAAUCAAAAGGCUAGUCUGAGAUUAAAACAACACAUUUUACUGUUAAGCUGUCUUAUGAAUCACAUUUGUAUUUAAUCAAAACGUUGACUUUGUAUUAUUAGGUUUUAGAACAGAUUUACUAAUCAACAGAUCAUAACUUUGAUUCUGUCGUGUUAAAGUGUUGGCUGCAAGGUAGAUACCAUUUCAAGGACAUUAGUCACUCUUGAAAGUCAAAGAUGGGAGUCAAGAUACAACUGUAACAGUAUUAUCUGUUGUCAAGGUUUAACCAGAUGUACCUAUACCUUUCAUUAAUCAAAGGUGGUUUGAAUAUUUGUCAGAAGUGUCUUCCAUCCUGCUCAUGAAUUCUGAAACAGCCUUUAAUAUAAAAGUGGGAAGUUUAUGGUAAAAAAUAAAGCAAUGUAAAAUCUGUUCUAUUAAAUGAGUUAGAAUAAUUAAUUGGUUGAUUGAUUUGUUCACUGUUGCAGCAACACAUGGAGACUGUGCAUAUUGACAAAAAGUCAAAAACAAAUAAACUAAGAAAGAUGUGCAUGCUGAUAUAUUGUAUUUGUAAAUUUAAGAUAAAUACUACAUUAUUACAGUACAUGUUAAUAAAUAGCUGCGAACUGAAUGACUGAAAGACACAAAAAUACUCACUUUGAUUGUACCACAUCUUGUCAAAAACAGCAAAGUUGUAUGUACUACUGCAGACUGUUGAUUGUUUGGGUGUUAUAUUAUAGAGGCUAGUGAUAAGCUUGUGGUCACUAUCAGAUCUUGUUAUUGGCAUUCUUUUUAAACAGAUUCUAUAGCAUGUUUUUUAGAGUAGUUAAUAUUCAGGUGGAAAUUGGUAAAUUGUUUGUACCUACACCAGGAGAAAAAUGGAAGUUAUUUGAUUUUGUCUUUAUUUUAUAGACCAGUGGUCAUGAACAUCUGUUGUGAGCAUAUAAACAAGCCGAGUGUAAAAGUGUUGUAAAAGAAAUUAUACGAUAAAUUCUUUCAAGGAAAAGCAUGAUUUGUACAUAUUACAAGGUUGCUGUAUCUGUAUGUUAAGUACUAAUUGUUUUACAAUGUGCCAUUUGAAAUCAAGAAAUGAUACCAAAAGUAUUCUUCUAAAUGAUAGGGGUAAAUUAUAUGAAUUUGAUAAUAUCACCUGACUAAGUAUUGUACUACAAUGUAUGUGUGGAGAAAUAUCAAAUGUACAUCAUGUGCAUAUGAAGUACACAAUUACUUUUCAAGGUUAAAUUUGUAUAUAAGAAUAUGUCGCAGGUGGCAAAAUAACAUUCAAUAAUAUAAAUGAUCCAACCAGCAACCUCUUAUAGUCUAGUUUUAGAUAUCAGAACAUUGAUGUAUUUCGUUCGUCCAGAGUACAAGGAUAGGGUACUAGAUAAAGUUAAGAUGGAUUACUCCGUAUCUUACAUAUGGGAAUUAAUGUUUCGUUUAGAAUGACAUAAAAAAUGAUAGCAUUGGGGGAGCUUCAGCUAUUGUACUCAUUAUUGUUAUUAUAUAACAGAGAUUUAUUUUAAUUCGUCAAGCGUAAACCAUUCUACAUUUGUAUGUAAAAUCAAAUAAACUAGAAAAUAAAUCCUGUAUUAUGUUAUGUUUGUAUCAUAACAGUUCCACGUAGAUGUUCCUUCGUAAUAAUUAUUAUGUAGUUAUUGAUGUCAAAACAUUUUUAUGUUAGGGUUUGAAUUGAUUUAAUAUGUAUGUGAUGAAUGUUAAGUGCAACUUUCAAGAAAAAAGUACAAAUUUAAGACAGAUUUUGUGGAUUGGCAUAAUUAAAAGCGUUCAAUAA